AUGUCUUUGGCCCAAACAGUCGACAGAACGUCGGAAUGGUGCGCCUUUUAUCCCAAACUGGAAAACUUGGGGACGUUUCGUAGGGAUGUAGUAGAGUUUCUUAACCGUCAAGGUUCCAUCCACAAUGAAAGCAAAUUCAAACCGAGGUUAACGGCUCAAAGUAUUGUUAAUCUAGUUCAGGAUGAAGUAAAGAAACAUUCUCAGGAAUCGAAAUCAAAUCACAAUGGUACGCCUUUUAUCCCUAACUGGAAAGACGUGGAGACAUUUCGACGGGAUGUAGAGUUCCUUAACCAUCGAGGAUUCAUCCACAAUGAGCUAAACUUCAAACCGAGGCUGACGGCUGAAAGUAUUGUUAUUCUUGUUCAGGUCCACAAUCGCCCGGAUCAGCUACAGAUGCUGAUUGACUCCUUUCGUAGAAUGAGACACAUCAACGAAACGUUAGUAAUAUUCAGUCAUGAUUUCUACUCCCAGGAUGUUUUUGAUGUCAUAGACAAGAUAGAUUUCUGUCCCUAUAUGCAGAUAUUUUACCCAUAUGCAAUUCAGGUAUAUAACAGUCAAUUUCCGGGUACUGACCCUAGCGAUUGUCCGCGGAAUUUUAGAAAUGAAGUGGCCCGGAAACAAAAGUGUAACAACGCCGAAUAUCAAGAUUCUUACGGACAUUACCGAGAAGCCCCGUUCACGCAGAUGAAACAUCACUGGGUGUGGAAGCUUCAGUUCAUUUUCGAGAACUGUUCCUUGCUAAGACAUUUCAAAGGAUUAAUAUUUCGAAUAGAAGACGAUUACUAUCUGGCAGAGGACACGAUACACUACUUGAGAACACUGGAUCGCCAGGGCCAGAUUGACUGUCCUGAGUGUAAAAUGUAUAUCAUGGGUCACUACUCUGGCUUUUCAUUCUAUGGAUAUAAGUCAGGCGCCGCGAGGAAAGGUCGUUGGUACAUAGGAGUCGGGAGAGGAAUGGCCUUCAGGAAAGACUUCUGGAAGCUGUUAAAACAAUGUGCGAAAUCAUUUUGUCUCGUCGAUGAUGCACGUGACCGCCAUGUGCAUCCCAGGUGGUUUGAAAAUUUUAAAACCUCUAGGUAG